AUAGUGCUCAGUGGAAUGUUGCGAACAUAAAGUGGAUGCUUCACAACUAAUAUAAAUUUAUGAAGGACUGCUCUGUUCUUCCCACAGGAAAAACAUCAUUUGAUAGCCCUUCCACCAUACUGUAGUUUCCACCUAGUUGUACAUCAACAAGGCUCUCUUCCAUAGUCGUCAGCCCAUUUAUAAUACUGAACUAUGUCACGAGGCAGGGAUCCUUUGGCAUUGAGCCAGGUAAUUGGUGAUGUGUUGGAUCCUUUUGUUAAGUCAGCAACAAUGAGGAUUAAUUAUGGUGACAAGGAGAUCACAAAUGGCACUGGACUACGAGCAUCAGCAGUGCUCAAUGCACCACAUGUUGAGAUUGAAGGCCACGACCAGGCAAAGCUCUACACACUUGUUAUGGUGGAUCCUGAUGCACCAAGUCCAAGCAAACCAGAGUACAGGGAAUAUCUACAAUGGAUUGGAUGCAGCCCUCUCAAAAAAGGAGGGGGGUGUUUCUUUUCCAUCCAUCAACAUCUGAAGAAAUCUUGUUGUGUAUGCUAUUGGGUUGGUGACAGAUAUACCAGAGGCGAGAGACAUCCGUUUUGGUUAAGCAGUUGGACGGUUGUUAUCUGCCCAACAGUGCCUCAAGGCAAUGAAAUAGUUCCCUACGAAAGCCCAAGGCCACCUGCUGGAAUUCAUCGAAUUGUUUUUGUGCUAUUCAAACAGCAAGCACGACAGACAGUUUAUGCACCAGGAUGGCGGCAAAAUUUCAACAUCAGAGACUUCUCAGCAAUCUACAAUCUCGGAGCACCAGUUGCUGCAUUAUACUUCAACUGCCAGAAGGAGAGCGGUGUUGGUGGCAGAAGGUUCCUGGGAUCAAGCUGAAGUACAGAUACAGAAAACAUCUACAACAAGGAAGAAGCAUUCACAAUUCAGAAACUGAUAUCCAUAUAAAACAGUUGAAUACAUAUGAGAUGUUAGUUGACAGUUAAGCACUAGAGUAAUUGACUUAUAUCAUAUGAAACAAACUAGCAUUUGAAGGUAUCUUCUUAUGUCACUAGCCUCAAUAAAAUAUUACGAUGUUCACAUUAACAAUUAUGAGAAAAGAUGUUCAGUUGCACAAAAAAAAACACUGGUGUUCCAAAGUUCAAGUAUAAAAAAAUAUAUUCAAGUAUAAAUCUGCUUGGUGGUUUUCCAAAGCAUAAGGAAGGAGGCCAUGGACGUGACCAUCCUGCCUAUUAGUGUUCUAAAAUUCAAGUAUAAACCUGCAUGGUGGGUUCUCCUCCUGGGUUUUUUUCCCUGAGCCUUGCAGACGCAAAGUCUGCAGUUCUGAAAGCCUUAUAAACUGAAAUUGCUGUGGAAGAUUUUCUUUUUGUCAAGAGAACAAGGAUUGCAUAUCCGGAUAUCCCUCAUGUGGCAUAAACCAAUAAGACCAUGGAGACCUUAAAGUAAGAUUAGAAAAGGGAAAGAAUUACAGGACUCUGACAUUAAAACAGAGUUAAGGAACGAAAGCAAAUCAUGUAAGAUCAACCAAGGAAUAUAACGGAUAUCAAAUUAACCAAGAAAAUCAAUGUUCAACCACAGAACGAAACCAAUAUAGCAGAUAGCUUGUAAAAUGGCAUCUACAUCUACAUAGAUAAAUGCAACACAUAAAGAAUGAUAAACAUUAAUAUUAUUGAACACUUGAGCCUGCUGUGAUCAUAUGGAAAUCGAGUCUGAUCAAACCAACCAACGCAUCAAGAAAUUACCCACACAGCACAGUGCAGUUCGAUGUUCUGAUAAUGCGUGCUCAAAUAGCGCAGAAACUGACAACUAGCAGAUUGGUCCAGCUCUCUCUAGUACCUGCUAAUGACCUCACACACCCAGCGUCCAUUCCAAGUUUCCAUCUACAAUACGCCAUGCAACGCGUCUAGGAAACUCAACCGCCUAGCGGCGCAACGUAGCUUUGAACCGUGCGUCCCCCGGUCUCAACGCCGGGGCGCACUCACCGUUCGACACCGCCGCAACGAUACCGAAUCGCCAGCACUAAUUGAAUCGGUGCGAUACCCAUAAAGAGUAUCCCUCCCAGAAAAAGCGGGAGGAUCGCAGGGAACGGGGACCGGAGGAGGUACAUUACCGUUGAAGGGAACUGGGGAAGAGGAUCACGGCUCGACGAUUCGACCCGGCCGUUCCGGUUGCUCCUGGGGAAGGCGGGCGGCGUAGGAGAGGUGCUCGCGUUGGUUGGUGUGUGGACCGCGCUUGUCCUCGGCAGAGCCUGGGGUGAGACUGGGUUUCUGGGAGGGGAGGGGACGGUGGCCUACCCGCCGACGGCGUCCACGCCGACGAGGAGGUGGCCCGGGAGGUGGCUCGUCCGUCGUCACGGCGAGAAAGAGUGGCGAGACUCGAGAGUUUUUUUGUUUGGAGACUCGAGAGUGAGACUGAACGACGGAGUUUGGGCUGGGCUCGUCAGUCGUCCGGACUGUAGUUGGUCCGCAUCGGGCUGGACUAAUUAACAUAGUUUGGGCCCUCCUGAUGUAUAUCCCCUACAGCCCACAGGAUCCAUAUCGGAUUCCUAUUCAUCUUCCGGGAAGAAAUUUUUUCUAUUUAUUUUCCACUGUUUGAGUUUGGUGCGAUCUCCAAUGAAUGGACGAGAUUAAAUCUGACAGGAAUGGCGCUGAGCUCACAGCUGGUUUUGGGGUGAAGGUGGCUGCUGUGCAUGGUUGCGUGAGAGGUGGCUUUUAGAUUUGAAAUUUUAAUCUCACUUUUCUUUCAAACCAUAAAUGCGUUUUGAAUUCUGUUUGAACCGUGAUGUUACUGAGAAUUUAUACAAAAAAUAAGAUCCAAUAUAAGUAUAUUAUAUUUUUUUAAAAAUCAACAUUUAAAUAUACAUCUUCAACAUUUUGAAUACACAGUUUCAACAUUUUUAUAUAAAAUAUUGAACUUGUUUUUCUGAAACGUUGAAAAAAAUUUGGAUAAAUAUUGAAUCUGAUCUUUUAAAUUGUUGACUAUAUUAGAUUAAUAUUUUAAACAUAUAGAUCGCAAAUUCCAUAACAAAAAUAAUGAAUUAUUGACGCUGCAUGAAGAAAAAAAAAAGAGCAUACCUGCCACCUGGUGAUCGCACGUUGGCUAGCUGGUGGCUGCCCUCCUGCCGUUGGGUGUCGUGAUUGAUUGAUUGGACCAUGGAGAUGGAGCAGUGUUCUGACGGGCCGUCUUGGGCCGUGCGACGCGAGCGCUUCCCAUUGCACGGAAGAUGGGAAGCCCCGAUCCACAGCCCCCUUCCAGGACCGUUUGGACUAGAUUACAAAAUUUUUGUAUGGCUUCAAUUCUAAAAAAU